GCCGGCCCGAAGGGGGAAAGACAGCUGUGUCGGAGCUUGUGAGUGCGGGCGAUCUCGUAUGUUUGUGCGCUACGGAUAACUGUACCGGCAGAUCGUUGUCUCUUUAGCAUGACACUGUGAGCAAGUGAGAAUAUGUCGACUGGGAAGAGGUUGGCGAAACGUUCAAUCCUGGGAACGCGAGUGUGUGCUCCGCGAUUGGAUGGACUGCACUGGCCUGGGGUCAUUCAGGCUACGAAGACGGACUCGGACGAGGAGAACGUCUACACGGUUUCCUUUCCAAACAAAACAACCGGCGAGUACCGUGGCGAGGAACUGAUCGGUCCGGGCUUCCAAAGUAUAUCUGGCCUCACACUCAAAUCCGGCCAGAAGGUAUACGCGACGUUCAACGGACGCGAAGUGUCGGGAACUGUGGUCGAGCACGACGUGUCUCGGGAUGAGGUUGUCAUAACGAUAAGUCCAUCUGCACAAAAUCACCAGGUCUCACAUAAGACGGAAGUGCGAAAAAGACUGGACGAAGUGCGUCUCUUGGAAAGCCGAAAGUCGGCCAGGCUUCAGGAUUUGGACACGGACUACUCCCGUCUCGCUGAAGGACAAACUGAGCUACGCCGGCGAACCAUGAGCAUUGACGUGCCGGUUUCCAAGUAA